CUAGAGAGGCAGGCUUUGGGGUUGCCAGGGAGCGGCUGGAGACUGACUUCCGUUUCCGGCGACUGAGGCACGAGGAUCUCGUGCCUUAAGCCGGCGGGAGAAUGCGGCCUUUGACCGAAGAGGAGACCCGUGUAAUGUUUGAGAAGAUAGCAAAAUACAUCGGGGAGAAUCUUCAGCUGCUGGUCGACAGGCCCGACGGCACCUACUGCUUCAGGCUGCACAACGACCGGGUGUACUAUGUGAGUGAGAAGAUCAUGAAGUUGGCUGCUAACAUCUCCGGUGACAAGCUGGUGUCGCUGGGGACCUGCUUUGGAAAAUUCACGAAGACUCACAAGUUCCGGUUGCACAUCACAGCUCUGGAUUACCUUGCACCCUAUGCCAAGUAUAAAGUGUGGAUAAAACCUGGAGCCGAGCAGUCCUUCUUGUAUGGGAACCACGUGUUGAAAUCUGGACUGGGCCGAAUCACUGAAAAUACUUCUCAGUACCAGGGAGUGGUGGUGUACUCCAUGGCAGACAUCCCUUUGGGUUUUGGGGUGGCAGCAAAGUCCACACAAGACUGCAGGAAAGUAGACCCCAUGGCGAUUGUGGUAUUUCAUCAAGCAGACAUUGGGGAAUAUGUGCGGCAUGAAGAGACAUUGACUUAAAAACGAAAUCGUCGCAAGGACUUGUGGCUGUGUGGAAGGGCCUAGCUUUGUUUCCUGUGUCUGUGUAGGCUCCACCAUCGUGUUGUAUUUUGUCAACACUGUGACUUCUUCAGGGACUUUUUAGUGUAAUAUUCUAUUAUCGACGAUUGCAGGCUGGAUUCUUAUACACAGAAAUGGCUCAAAAAUGGGGUUUCAGAUCUUUGUGUUUGUGACUAAAUAGAAUAGUGUUUUAUGUUUGAAUCAGAGGGCGUCUUGUUUUGAGUAACAGCUUCUGAAUCGUUGGAACUGAGGACAAGAAUAGCUUAUUGUUAUCUGUGAUAACAUUAUUUUCCAAACACAUGAAAGGAACACAAUGAAUUUUCUUAAUUAUUUAUUAGUACUAUGCAAGAUAGACUAGUAGGCCAUGUCUGGGAUUAUACAAAUGAAAUUGGGAUAAAAUAAUAACAAUUUAUUCUGCUAAUUUUCCAUAGGGUAGGUGCUGUGUGGUGUGGAAGAAAAACUUGGAUUCACACCCGAAUUCUGAUACCUACCAGCUCCAGGGUCUAUGAUGAGUCAUUAAAUUUUAAUAAGCUUUAUUUUCUUCUUCUGUUUCAAAAAACAGCGUUAAUUAUCUACCUAAGAAUGGUUUCUGGAAUCAGAAAUCGUUGUAAAACAUUUAGCACAGUGCCUGACAAAUGAUAGGUGUUGAAUAAAUGGUAAGAAUUAUUUUUAUAUUGCAUAUACUGAGUAUUCCUAUUACUGAGAGUAGGAUUUUAUGAGUAUAGUUUGAUUAUAUUAUUUUGGUUUUUAUAAGCUUUUAAUUAUUAUUGAGGUCAUGAUAGUUUAUAACAUUGUAAAAUUUCAGUUGUACGUUACUAUUUUUCAGUCACCAUAUGAAUGUGCCCCUUCGCCCCUCGGGCCCACCCCCAACCCCUUUCCCCCUGGUAACCACUGAACUGUUGCCUUUGUCUGUGUGUUUGUUUAACUUCCACGUAUGAGUGGAAUCAUACAGCGUUUGUCUUUCUCUGGCUUAUUUCGCUUAACAUAAUACCCUCAAGGUCCAUCCAUGUUGUUGCGGAUGGGAUGAUUGUUCUUUUUCAUGGUUGAGUAGUAUUCCAUUGUGUGUGUGUGUGUGUGUGUGUGUGUGUGUGUGUGUGUGUCUGUGUAUAUAUAUAUAUACACCACAUCCCUAACCAAUCAUCACUUGAUGGUACAAGCUUUUUUUCCCCCUUGAUCUUUCUUUCUUGGACAACAUGAUCCCAGGCUGAAUGUUAUUUUUAUCACCUUGAUUUCCUAAAACAUAAUUUCUCUUACGAACCUUUACUUAACCUGACUCGACUGGACAAAAAGCACUAAUCAGAGACCCUGAAAUAAUUCAA